AAAGCUGUUUGGUUUUUGUACCUGCUAUCAUGUUUAACAUGUUAACACCUCUUCACGGCCGCUGUGCAGGCUUGAUGGGACAGUCGAGCAGUUGGCCGGGUGUGGCUAAAUUCCAUCUGCAAAGUGGUGCUUUAUGUCAGUUGGCAGCCACAAAACAUGGGCCUGCAGACGUCCCAUAGAUGCCUCCCUGUGAUUUUAAACCAGUGGAAUACAAGGGUAUUCCCAAAGAAAGGAUGAUGGAGAUUCGCAGGCAGAACUGUAAUCCUGUGACCAUGAAGGUGACAUACUAUCAGAAGCCGGUGUUCCUGCACCAAGGAUACAUGCAGUGGUUGUGGGACGUGGAUGGCAAGUGAUACUUGGACCUGUUUGCUGGUGUUGCUACCAUCAGUGUGGGCCACUGUCACCCGAAGGUGACAGCAGCAGCCGAGAAGCAGUUGAAGAGACUUUGGCACACCACUAAUAUCUACGUCCAUCCUUUUCUCCAUGAGUAUUGUGAGAAACUAGUGUCAUACUUACCUGAUCCUCUUAAGGUGGUAUACUUGACCAACAGUGGCUCAGAAGCCAACGAUAUGGCUAUAUUAAUGGCUCGACUUUACACAGGCAACUAUGACAUAAUCACAUUCAGAGGGUCAUAUCACGGUGGUAGUGCUCAGAUGAUGGGUCUGUCCUCCAACUCACGAUAUAAAUACCCCGUCGCAACGGGGUCGGGCUGCACAAAUGCUGUCUGUCCUGAUGUGUUCAGAGGUCCUUGGGGAGGACGUCACUGCAGAGACUCUCCUGUGCAGACAAUCAGGCAGUGUGACUGUGCAGAAGGCUGUUGCAUGGCAAAUGAUCAAUACCUUGGACAGCUCGAAGAGACAUUUGCCACCAGCCUCCCGAGUCGUAUUGCUGCUUUCUUUGCAGAGCCUAUUCAGGUAUGAUAAUCUGCAAAUGCAAUCACUGCUAUAACAUGUUCACAUCUG